CCUGCAUUAAGCAAACAACCUGUUCUCACACACCCUCACUUGAAUUUCCUUGUCUGCUCGAGCUCUGUGUGCACUGAGGAAACGCUAUGGCUGGACCCAGGCCUGUGGUGCUGAGCGGGCCGUCCGGGGCGGGGAAGACCACGCUGCUGAAGAAGCUCAUGAAAGAAUACGACAGUGUGUUUGGCUUCAGCGUCUCCCACACAACAAGAAGUCCUCGUCCCGGAGAAGUGAAUGGCAAAGAUUAUCAUUUUGUCACACGAGAGGCGAUGCAGACGGGGAUAGAAAACGGAGACUUCAUUGAGCACACAGAGUUUUCAGGGAACAUGUACGGGACGAGUAAAGCGACUAUGCAAGACGUCCAGGCCAAGAACCUCAUCUGUAUACUUGACAUUGACAUGCAGGGUGUGAGGAGCAUUAAAAGUACCGACCUCAAUCCCAUCUACAUCUCUAUCCAGCCGCCAUCCAUGGAGGUCCUGGAAAACCGUUUAAGACACAGAAAAACGGAGACAGAAGAGAGCCUCCAGAAGCGUUUACAUGCAGCCAGAGUGGAUAUGGAGAUUAGUAAAGAGCAAGGAUUAUUUGAUACAGUAAUUGUCAAUGAUAGUUUGGAGGAAGCUCAUGGGCAGUUAAAGGCAGUUCUUCUUGAGGAAAUAAAAAAGGUCAAGAAAACCAACAUGUCUUCGUAGGAUACCGCAGCAUCCUUGCACCUUUUUAGUCCAGUCCAUCCACUCCUCACAAAAUCACAGACCUCCUAUCAAGUCGAGAACAUUCCCUCCGCUGGUCUGUGAAGCUCAGACGUCCCUUUGACAUGGUAUUCAGGAGAAGUUAUUACCAAAUGAUAUGUAAAGUGGAACUUUUUUUAAAAAUUAUCAACAAGAAGCAUUUCCAUGUUUUUGUUUUUAUUUGUAUGACGAAAAUAUACUCCAACAAUGCUUACUUGUAAAGUGUGAGGCUUUGUUUUCAGUGUGUUUGAGGGCAGAGUCGACCGAUAAACAACACAAGCGGAGAAACAAAACUCAUUCCAUUAUGUGGGCAAACCGGUCUUAUGAAGGGUGUGACAAAGUACAAUUCUGGAUAUCUUGAUUAGAGAGAGUUAGUUAUGCUACCUCUCAUUUGAGGUCUUUCUUUUUCUACAACCCGUCACAUCAUGAUGAUACAGAUGUGCAGUGUGAUGAAUACAUCACAGACUCAGUCAGGGUUUGAUCUCAGGCCCCUGCACAUGAUUAGUUCAGGAGGGGAAACUCCAGCUCUACAACUGAUUUCUCAAAAUAUGGUGGCUGUUUUACUUUCAUAAGAUUCAUAUACUAUAACUUUACUGAUUAAAUCAACUAUUCCAGUAUAUCUUCUUACAGGUUGUUGUACAUUUUUAGUGUUUGUGCUUGCUAAACUCCAUGUAAGUGUUUAAAGUUGUGCUUCAGCGGGAUUAAAUCCCAGGGUAGAGGUCGAAACUGUUGCUUCAAACAAACCGAGGACACCAUAUGUCACGAGGAUAAUCGCUCUAAAAUAACAGAUGAAAUGUUUACUUUGAAGUUGUACAUUUUUUUUUAUUGUCACUCUAUCAUGUUGUUGCUUCACCUGUACAGUAAAAUGACAGUUUUUUUGACUUUGAAGGAAAAUUAAACACUUUUUAUUCUUCGAAUGAAACACACCCACGUGUCCUUUAAGAUGUCUGAGUAGGUUCUCAGUCAUCCAGGUCAUGGUCAUUUGAAAGCUUGAUCCAAAGGAAACUGGACUGGUUAAAGAUCUUGACCAGCCCAGUUGCCUUUGGAUCAAGCUUCGAAGUCCUUUUAGACUUUCUGUAAUUUGUUGUGUUUUGCCAUUUACAACUUUCUCUGAAACAGAGUGAAAACAUACUUAAUUAUUUUUAGACACCUUUGUAGUACCAGUCCUUUUGCAGAACUGUUUCUGUUAUUUAAAUUGUCAACCUAAAUACAUGUAUAAUGUGUAACUGUUACAUUAUAGACAUUUAGAUGCAUGCUGUCAUCUGAUUUGAUUUGUAUCAUGUAACCGGCCCUUACUAGAACGUGUUUUGUGAAAAAAUGUCAUUGUGUAUGUCUAAUCCAUAAAACCUCCAACAGUA